GCUUUCUCUGUUUUUCCCUCCCUGCUAGUGUUGUUCUUGUAAAUGCAGAGCCCUCCUCUGUUUUUCAUUUUCUUUCAUGGGUAAGAAGGGAGGCUCCUCCUGGUUGACUGCUGUCAAAAGGGCUUUUAGAUCUCCUUCCAAGGAUGAAGAUGACAAGAAAAGAGAGAAGCGGAGAUGGAUUUUCAGGCGAUCCACCAAUCUACACGAUACGGAUACUCACCAAACGCCGUCGGCUACGGAACAUGCAUCUUCCGAGGCAGCGCUUGCGGUUGCGGUGGCUACUGCUGAAGCUGCUGUCGCCACUGCUCAAGCGGCUGUGGAGAUUGCUCGCCUACCUACUCGGCCUUCCAAUCACGCUAGAUAUCACUAUGCUGCGAUUGUUAUUCAAACCGCUUUUAGAGGAUACUUGGCAAGGAGGGCUCUGCGUGCGCUGAAGGGGUUGGUGAAGUUGCAGGCUUUGGUGAGGGGUCACAACGUGAGAAAACAGGCGAAGAUGACCCUUCGAUGCAUGCAAGCUCUGGUUCGAGUGCAAGCCCGUGUGCUCGAUCAGCGGAUGAGACUCUCCCAUGACGGCAGUAGAAAAUCCACCUUCAGCGACACAAAUAGCGUCCUUGGAUCGCGUUAUCUCCAAAACUUCUCCGAUAGAAAAUCCGUUUCUCAGUCAAGGGAGGGAAGUAGCACUGUCACAGACGAUUGGGAUGAACGGCCCCACUCUGUUGAAGAAGUGAAAGCUAUGCUUCAACACAGAAAAGAGAUCGCCAUGAAGCGUGAUCGAAAUCUCUCCCACGCCUUCUCCCAACAGAUAUGGCGGAGAGGUCGAAGUCCAUCCAUGGGAAGCGGAGAUGAUCUAGAAGAAAGACCCAAAUGGCUGGAUCAAUGGAAUUCAAGGAAGCCAUUGGAAAAUAGGGGAAGAGCUUCAACGGAUCAAAGAGACCCCAUCAAAACAGUGGAAAUCGACACCUUCCAGCCCUACUCUCACCGGAGAACGGUUCAGAAUCAACAAAGAACAAAUCCACAUUCCGGCAGCUCGCCACUCCACCGGUCGCAACAAAACAUACCCUGUUUCCACCACUCACCAGCCACACCGUCCCCAUCUAAAACAAGGCCUCUGCUAGUCCGGUCCGCAAGCCCACGUAUCAUCAGAGACGACAAAAGCGAAAACACAUCCCAAACACCAAGCUUAAGGUCAAACUAUUACUACAGUGGCAAUUUACUUCAACAAAGUAGAACAGCAGCAAGUAGCAGCUAUAGCCAAGGCAAUUGUUUGCCGAAUUACAUGGCAGCCACAGAGUCCGCAAAGGCACGAUUACGGUCACAUAGCGCGCCAAGACAACGGCCAUCAACGCCGGAGAGGGAGAGAGGAGUUGGGUCAGCAAAAAAACGGCUAUCGUUCCCAGUUCCGGAUCCAAAUGGGUAUGGCGUUUACGAGCGAAAUUUGAAAAGUCCAAGCUUCAAGAGCGUAAGCGGGACAUACUUUGGGAUGGAGCAGCAAUCCAACUAUUCAUCUUGCUGCACCGACAGCCUCGGCGGCGAGAUUUCCCCUUCUUCAACGACGGAUCUAAGAAGAUGGCUAAGGUGAUUCAUUCACUGACAAAUUCAUGAGUUCCCCCUAAAAUUACAGUCUAACCCCAAAAACAGAGAGUUGGUAUUAUUAUGUUUAGGCUAGAACAGAGAGAGGCAGAGAUUGAAUUGCAAAAAGUUUGUUUGACCAAAAGGGAUUAUGGGUUUUGAAGUUUAGGUAAUACUGAAAGAGAUUUUUGUAUUUGGUCUGACAAAAACAACCUGGUGUGUGUGGUUUGAUGA